UGAACGAAUCGUUCAAGAACGACCCAACACUAGUAGAAGAACAACUUCGCUCAUGUAAAAGGUAAUAACAACCUUAUUAUAACGUCUCUAUUUAAGCAUGUGGGUUCUCUUUUUGGAAACAUAAGUAAAAGAAAGACUCUAGAGUUAGCCUGUGAAGAGGGACUUGUUGAACUAUGCCCUGUCGUGUCAUCCGCGUUACACUGCUGCUCGCUGCUGGAAUACUGAUUGAUGUGAUUAAAGGCGAUGGGUUUACUGAAGACAUUAAGCCUCCAGACUGGAGAAAGACCUUAAAAUCCAUCCGGAAUGGGAUUCAUAAAAUAGACAAAUACCUUAAUAUUGCUUUGGAUUUUAUCGGAGGUUCAGACGGACGGUGUAUUUUUAAGUGCAGUGACGGUAAGUUAGGGUACACACCGGUUCCUCGUCCCAAAUACAAAUCACCUCCACCCAACGGAUGCGGCUCCCCUCUGUUUGGAUUUCAGCUUGAUAUUGGGAUCCCAUCGAUGACCAGAUGCUGUAAUGAGCACGACCUGUGCUAUGAUACUUGUGGGAGAGAGAAAAAAGCCUGUGAUGAGCAGUUCCAGGUCUGUCUGGAGUCCAUCUGUAGUCAUUUACAAAUGACACUGGGCUUGUCCCAAAGUGUUCAAGCCUGUGAAUCAGCAGUGACUUUGCUCUUUGAUACGGUCAUGCACGUGGGAUGUAAGCCUUACCUGGAUAGCCAAAGAUCAUCCUGCAUUUGCCACUAUGAAGAGAAGGCUGAUCUGUGAACAGUUCAUAUAUUUAUGUUGAAGUUUGAUUGUGUGUUAUGGUCUCAGGGUACAGCAAGAUGCAAUACAAUUUGUUUCUUUGAAUUUGGUUCAUUGCAAUGUCAAAGUAAACUUAAAUUAUAAAAGAAGUGAAAUUAAUAUGAUUAUAAAUAUAUACUGAUGUGCCUUUAUUAUAUAUACACACAC